AUGAUCGUUAGGUCCGAAUUCGGGUUGGAGCUACCUACAAAGACAGUUCAUGAGCGGAUUCUGGAUAAAUGCUUGGAAUGGCCGGAAAAGACGGCGUUAGUCGCGGCGGAAGACGCAAAUGACUCUAUCACCUUCAAACAGCUCCACGAUUACUCUUUGGGUGUAUCGGCUUGGUUACAAGAUCACGGCUAUAUCAAGGUUUAUCAUUUAACAAAGGAAAGGCAAAUGGAAAGAGAAAACUCCGAAAACUGGGGUCUUUCGAAAAAAAAUUGAAAUGAAAAUUUUCGCGACGUUUAUCCGUGGAGCGCAUUGCGCAUACGAGCUUUCAUCAUUAAUUUUUUUGCGUGUGUCUUUUUUCAAUUUUAACAAUCUUUUCAGGGCGAUAUCGCCCUAAUUUGCACCUAUAACGACUGGCGGUACUUUCCAUUCAUUUUGGGAUGUUGGAAUGCUGGAUUGAUCGUCUCCUGCGCGAGUCCACAAUUUACAAAAUGUAUGUUUAAAUUAAAAAUAAGAUUUCUCAAGAAAAUGGAUUUCAGACGAGCUUUCUGGUCAAUUGGAAGAUGCUACAGCGAAACUCGUUGUGGUUGAUAAAUAUACAUUCAAAAACGGCUAAAGAGGCGAUAAGUUCCAAUUUAGGGAUUAAGGUUAUUAUUCGCUAAAAAAAUUCAAACUUAAUUUUUUUUAAUUUAGGACUUUGUUUGUCUAACUCCAAAUUUUGACUCAAAUUUAAAUAUUUCCGAGUUAUUCCACUACAAAUCAAGGAGGAAAUUCGUACCUCCAAAGUUUGACCUCAAAAUCGACCUUCUUCUGCUGCCGUACUCGAGCGGGACGACCGGAAAGCCGAAGGUUUUGGUUCCUGAAAAGAAAAUGUUGAAUAACUAGCCUAAAAAUGCGAGAAAAAAAACUUUAAAACUUAGAAAUUACCGAAUUUUCAGAGAAAAAUCACUGGAAAAACAAACUUGAAAAAAAUAAAAAAUUCAAAAGUCAAAAAAGAAAAAGAAAAAAAUUCAGGGCGUCAUGAUCACACACAUGAACUACUCUUCAAUGCUAACCAGCUUCGUAUUGUAAAGUUUAAAAAAUUGUGGCUUAAAAAAAUAUUUCCGUUCAGGAAAACCGGAAAAGACAUGGUGAAGAGAGGUCUGCCGGAGGAUUUCGCUCUUCCGAUGGCUUUGCAAUUUUUGCCGAUUUACCACGCUAUGGGACUUUUUAGGUGGGGUUUUUAGCAAAUUUUAAAAAUAAAAUUGAAUGAAAAAUAAGAUUUCAGGUCAUUUGUAUCGAUUUACCAGGGGACGACUCAAAUUAUAAUGGCAAAAGUUGACCUGAAACGUGUCUUGGAGCUUGUUCAAGAACACGCGGUGAGUUGAGAGGGGGGGGAGUGGUCUCUAUGCGGGUUUAGGAACCGACCCCUGAGCUCCUAAAUCAAGCCCUAGUUUUGCCCCUAUAAAAAUCACUCAGAAGUUUCUAAAGUACAAAAAAAACAAUAAAAAUCAAAAAUGAAGUGUUGUGAAAAAAAAAAAUUAAGAACGAAAACCACGCGGUUCAGUGUAUAUUAGGUAGGUCAAGGUAGACCAAAAAAGUGUUUUUGGGGGUUUUUGGGGCAGACGAGUCUGAUAUUGCCGGAAAAAAAUGAAAAACAUUCCUAUGAAAAAAAUCUCCAAAAAAAUAUAAUUAUAUUAUACUCUUAAUGUAACCUUCACAUUGAAAAAAACUAAACAGCAAGGAAUCAAAUUUUUGGAAAUUAUCAAAAUUUUUUUGCAUUUUCUCAGGACUAAGUAAAUAUUUUAGUCUCCUAAUUUCAAUAUUAGUCCAAUAAAUCUUCAUUAAAAUGCCGGAAAAAAAUCUUCGAAAAAAUUUUGCGUUUUUUUGAAUUUUUUUCGCCAGUUUAAGUGGGGAUUAUUAAAAAGCUGAAAUAUGGGGGAAAAAAAUCUGUAAUCAAGUUUUUUUGAUGAAAAGCCGCCGAAAAAAAUGGACUUUCCAAGCUUUUUUUGUUGUUGAAAAGUUUCCAAAAAAAGGUUUAUUUUGCAUUUCUGAAGUUUUUUUGCAUGGAAAUUUCAGAGGAAGAAAAUGAAAUUAUAAAAAGCUGGUAUAUGAAUAAAGUCUAAAAUAACUCGUCCCGCCGCUAAAAACAGGGUUUUUCAAGCCUUCCUCUACCAAAUAAUCCCACAAAAAAGUCUUUUUUCGCAGCUGAUGCAGCUCUCGCUGGUCCCUGCAGUACUCCUGCGCCUUUGCGACUCCCCACUAAUGUCCAAGUUCGACCUUUCGUCGGUCUUAUCCAUCAGCAGCGGCUCCGCACCGCUUCCGCAGAGCGCCGUACGGAAGAUUCAGAAGAUUCUGCCAAAUGUCCGGAUUGGGGAAGGUAGGAAAAAAAAAUAAUAUUGAAAAAAGUAACAAUUUUUUUCAGGUUACGGUAUGACGGAGCUUACAUGCGCCUCCCAUUUCAUGAGCCCGGAAAGUCCUCCGGGAAGUAUUGGGCGCCUUGUUCCGGGCACUGAAAUGAAGGUUUACACUACUCCUAUAAAACUAAAACCUACUACUAUGAAACAAAAUCGAUUUUACGCAUUUUCUUCCCAAAGUUUGGUAAUCCUCUUCACCUGCUCCAGUUCGUAUGACGGUAACCUAUCAAGUCUCCCUAAUCUUUGAUGGAAAAAGUUUCUACCUAUCCCCUUGAAGGUGAUCUCCGAGAACGGAAACGAAUGCGGGGUUGGUCAAAUCGGCGAGUGCUGGAUCCGAGGUCCACAGGUCAUGAAGGGCUACUGGAGGCAGCCGGAAAAGACGGCCGAGGUCCUGAAUGACGACGGAUUCCUCAGGACUGGUUCGUUCAGAAAAAAAAGCCCCGCAACCUGAAGAGACGGCAGAGAAAGAAAUUCUGGUUCUUCGAAGUUCCUCUAGGUCUCCGUUGCUUUCUUGAGUUGAGCUUAUUAUAGGGAGAGUUUUGAGGUUCGGAAGAGAGGCCAGAGAACGAGAGAUUCUUUGCUUCUCUGGCCUCUCUUCGAACCGGGUUCUCUCGCUUCUGACCACCCUGUUACUGUAAUCGGCUGAAGUAGAAAUAUCAAAAUGCGUAUGAGAAGUGCACGCGACCAUGAAACUACUUGCGCGUUCUGAUAUACUGUGACCUUUUCUGCGCUCUACUGGGCUUUUCAAGCUACAAAAAAAGAUUUUCAACUAUUUUUGUGUUUGGCUAGACCUGAAAAACGUUUCCAGCACAUUAACAUGAAUUUUUCAAACUUCUAUGUCCCAAGAGACCCAGACCAGAUCAAGGAAUCGAAAUCCAGGAGACAUCGUCUGGUUCGACGAGCGCGGCGACACGUUCAUCUGCGACCGCGCUAAGGAGCUCAUCAAGGUCAACGGAAAGCAGGUCGCGCCGGCCGAGCUCGAGUCGGUGCUUCUGGAGCACGAGGCGGUCAGGGACGCCUGCGUCUUCGGAGUUGUUGAUGAACGACGUGGCGAGGCGCCCGUCGCAACGGUCGUCGUCUCGUCUGAUGUCGACGUUCGACAGCUUGAAGACUUCGUUGGCAGUGAGUUGGAGUAUUGAUUUUGUCAAAAUUUUACAGAGAUGUGUCCAAAAUUUGCAUAUUUUUCUGUUUUACCUUUUAAAUUGCUUCUUUUUUUUGGAGCUUGCCGUCUUUGUCAGCAGCUGGGGUAUUGAUAAUUUUUUUUUCUUGAAGCCACAAGAUACAAGAAAAAAACAGAGAUAAAAAAAGUUUUCAAAGAGUGCCGGACCGACAAGUACAGUAACCUUUGUUUUUUUCCAGUAAGUACUGAAAAUUUCUCGAGAAUCAUAUUAGCAGGUUUAAAAAGAGAUUAAUUUCUAAAAAAAUGGAACCAAUAAAAAAAGUUUUUCCCGGGAUUCUAGGCAAUUGGAAUCUUGGAAUAUUUUUGAAACCUCUAAAAAAAUUCCAAUUAUUUCAUUUCUCUUCUAUAAUAAACGAAAAAGUUGAAGUUAUUGGCCAGUGAGCCCAAAAUUUAAAAGCUUUGAAAUGGAAUUCUUAUUUUUGAAAGAGUUCCUAGCGCACUUUCCGAGAAAAUUUAAAUUUCAAAAAACCCUUAUUCCUGAAGCUUAAAAUUCGAUUUUUCAGAGAAACUAGCGCCCUACAAACGCUUGAAAGCCAUCGAGUUCGUGAAGGAGAUCGCGAGGACUUCAACUGGCAAAAAUGCUACGACGCGAGAUGCAACGGCGAUUUAUAAACGCUACUAA